CAAUUGUUCUUCUGGAGGUUAUAAUGGUACAAAUAAUCUCAAACCCGAAUACUACAAUGCAUUUGCCAAGUACCUAACUGACGUUGUUGAUUGGUACAGCAAACAAGAAAUUACUUUCAGAACUCUAGAGCCAUUUAAUGAACCUUCUAGUAAAGAUUUUUGGCAAGAAUAUGACCUUUCAAACAAGACAUCCAUUUCAGCCGUAGAUGAAAAUAAAUUCAAUCAAGAAGUUUCCACCAUAGAAUGCAUCGAUGAUGAUGCUAAAUCAUAUGUUAGUCAGUACAAUACUCAUGCUUAUAGGGGAAAUCAAAGACUAAAGCUCUUAAAUAUUUCAAAACAAGAUAGAAAGAAACUUUGGAUGAGCGAAGU